AUGCUGAGAAGCACUCUGACCUUUAGUCAUUUGCUAUCUAAGGGUAUUAUCAAUCACUAUGAGCCAACAGUUACUGGCAACACAUUAACAUUUAGCACAGCUGAAGAUACAAGGGUUGAUAGUGAUAAAAUAAACAAAUUAUUAAGGGAUCAUCAAAUCACUACGAUUGUUUAUGAUAUUGACUCAACCACAAACUAUCUUUCGGUCUUAAAGCCAUACUUAAAAUAUGUUCAAAAACUAGAAAUCAAAAAAUAUAGUUCUACUGAACUUGAUUUAUCAAAUUAUGGAUGCGAAUACCUCACUUCAAUUACAAUCCCAGAUUCCAUUACAACAAUUUCCUCUGGCUGCUUUCAAUCAUUUGCAAUCACAAGUAUUGAUCUCAAAAAUGUUAAAACAAUUAGAUCCAAUGCUUUUUCAUCAUGUUAUAAACUUGAGAAAAUUGUUGCAAGCCAUGUGACUUCAAUCAGUAGUUCUUUUGCCAAAAAUUGCUAUUCAUUGAGUUCAAUAACAACAGGCGUAUUAACAUCAAUUGGUUCAAGUGCAUUUUAUAAUUGCCACAAACUAAAAUCAAUAGAAAUCAGCUCAGUUACUGAAAUUGGUUCUGAGGCAUUUUACCGUGCAGGUAUUAAAUCUGUUACGAUUCCUUCAUCAUGCACAAGGAUAGAAUCUUCGGCUUUUGAAGAAUCUGCUCUUGAAUCAAUUUCUUUCAGUGAAAGAACUGAAGAUUUGGUAAUUUCUAAUGAAGUCUUUGCCAAAACAUAUAUUACAAGUGUUACAAUUCCAAAGCAAGUAACAUUGGGUAGUUCUAUAUUCGAUUCUUGUGGAAAGUUGGAAAAAAUCAAUAUUGAUGAAAGCAUAACUACAAUCCCAGCAGGCUUUGCACAUAUGUGCAUAUCUCUUAAAUCCGUUGUUGCAAAGGGUAUUACAUCUGUUUCUACUUCUGCAUUUGAAUUAUGCAUCAAUUUGCAGUCAGCAACACUUGGAUCAGUAACAACAUUUAACUCAAAAUGUUUCAUGUAUUGCACAAAUCUUUCAAUGUCCUUUAAUGAAUCACUUGAAAUUACAUUCAGUGAUAGUUGUUUUGCAUUCUGUGAUAACAUAAAGUUAACCAAUGUACCAAAAGAAUGGACAAUCAACAAUAAUGCAUUUUUAGGAUGUGGCGGCAUUUCUACCCUCAAAAUUAAUGCAACAUUGAGCCAAUCAUCCUUCAAAGGCUGCAGAGAACUUACAAGUGUAGAGCUUCUUGAAAAUGUUGAAACAGUUCCAUCCUCAUGCUUCGGGAAUUGUUCUGCAUUAACAAGUCUUAAAUUCACAAAGAAUCUUAAGAAUAUAAAUUCUUAUGCAUUUUCAUUCACAGGUUUGACAGGAUCAUAUAAUUUCUCAAGCAUAGAAUUAUCAUCAAACGCUUUUGAUAGCACACAAAUUGAGGAAGUAAUUAUUGGAAAAACAGAUUAUCAUACAUUCUUCAAUUGCACAAAUCUGAAAACAGUGAAAAUUGAUACUGAUGGUUUCACUCCACAGUCAUUCAUCAAUUGCUCUGAAUUUGAUAUCAAAUUAGAAGAAAAUGCCGAAAGGCUUAAAUUUGAUAAUAAUAUCUUAUACUAUUAUUAUAAAUCAACUACAAGUGACUUUACAGAGAAAAAAUUAUUGGCUGUACUCCCAAAUUAUGAAUCAAAAUCAAUGACUAUAUCUGAGUAUGAUAGCAUCAAUGCAUAUGCAUUUUCCCUUAGCGAUAGACCCAGAGAGUUAAUUAUCGAUGGAUUAAUGAUCACCUUGAAAGCAAAUACUAUUAAAGAAUCAAAUAUUAGACGUCUGGAAAUAAAGAAUUUCAAUGGAGUUAAUAUCCCAUCUAGUGCAUUCCAAGAUGCGUAUAACCUCCAGGAAGUUAUCAUCGCAGAAGGAAUUGUCGCAAUUGAUAGUUUGGCCUUUUCCGACUGCUAUAGAUUAAAGAGCAUUGAAUUAUCAUCAACAUUGAGAUCUAUAGGACCAAAAGCAUUUUGGAAUUGCUAUAAUUUGAAAUAUAUUGACCUUUCAAAUGUUGAUAUAAUUCUUGCAGGCGCUUUUCUUAAAUGCGAAUCUCUUUACAGUGUUACAUUCUCGAACAAAUUAACUUCGAUCAAUAAUCAAGCCUUUAGAAAUACUUACAUUAAGAAUCUUGUUAUUCCUGCUUCUGUUUUGGUAAUUUCGGACUCUGCAUUUUCAUAUUGCAAUAAUUUGAAAAGGAUUGAAUAUGAAUCAGGAAUCCUUGAAAUCGGUUCAAUCGGGUCGAAUUGUCCUAAUCUAAAGAAAAUUAUUAUUCCAGACACUGUUAGAUUUAUUACUUCUAAUGCAUUUAAUGGUUAUCCAAAUCUUGAUGUUGAAAUUGAUUCUUCAAAUCCAUACUUUGAAGCACAAGAUCACGCCAUCAUUGAAAAAUCGACACAAAACGUUAUUGCAUCAUAUGGUACUCUUCCAAAAGUUUAUGAAGUUCCAGAAGGAGUUAUUAACGUCGAAUCAUUAUCAAGGAAUCAACCAGUUGAAAAUAUUCAAUCUGGUUCAGUUUCAACUGGAAUAUCAGCUGCAAUUGUUAAAUAUCCAAGUUCCAAUAAAGGUUCAACUGAUUUUGCAAUUAAUUCGUGCUCUGAUUCUUAUGCAGAUCAAUUAUCAAAUGAAAUUCAAUCUAAUGGUGAUUGCAGCAAGAAGCUUCCUGACUAUUACUACUGGAGAUUCCACCGUGGAAUGACUCCAGCAGAAAUUGCUCUCACAGUUAUUUUAGUUCUCAUUGCAGUAGCUGCAAUUGUAUUAGUAAUCAUCUAUUUUACAUUAAUAAAGAAAAAGAAAGUUGAAGCUGACCAAGAACCAUAA